AUGUUGAUUUGUAAGAAGAAACUGAAUUUUGGUGAUUUGAGUGCUAUGUUUCUUAAUCACGAUGGGAAGUUGAGGGUUAAGGAUAAUGUCAUAGAUCUAAAAACAUGUCGGGAUUGGAUGAUUAAGGUAUCAGUUACACAUAAUCUUCCCUUGAAGUGGGUUGAAUAUAGCGCAAUCAGAGGUUUUUUGAAGUAUUUGAACCCGAACAUAAGAUUUAUCUCUAGAAAUACUCAUGCCUCGGAUGUGAUGAAAUUGUAUGAAUAUGAAAAGGAAAAAUUAAAGAUAAGAUUGAGUAGUGUUCCUGGAAUGUUGUGCUUGACUAGUGAUCUUUGGACUGCUUGUACUAAUUCGGGAUACAUUUGUUUAACUGCACAUUUUGUGGAUGAAGAAUGUAAACUAAAUAGCAAAAUACUUGCAUUUUGUUCUAUGCCUCCUCCACAUUCUGCACCUGAAUUAGCUCAAAAAAUUUCUGAUAUCUUGAUGGAUUGGAAGAUAGAUAGGAAAAUCUUUUCUUUGACUUUGGAUACUGCUGCGGCUAAUAAUGUCAUGGUGAAAUUAUUGAAAACACGACUUCAGUUGCAAAACUCAUUAUUGUGCAAUGGGGAAUAUUUUCAUGUGAGAUGUUGUGCACAUAUUUUGAAUCUUAUUGUACAAGAAGGGCUGAAAGUAUCUAGUGAUGCUUUAGAUAAAGUUAGAGCGAGUAUCAAAUAUGUUAAAGCAUCAGAAGCUAGAAUGAUCAAGUUUAAGGAAUGUGCAAGAAAAGUUGAUAUUGAAUUUACUACUUCAUUGUGCUUGGACGUGCCUACACGUUGGAAUUCCACAUAUUUGAUGCUUGCUAGUGGAAUUAAAUAUCAACGGGCUUUCUCUAUGCUUGAAUGUGAUGAUUUAGCUUAUAAGCAUUGUCCGACAGAAGACGAAUGGGAAAGAGGAAAAGUGAUGUGUGAAUUCUUGGAGCCAUUUUAUGAUAUUACUACUUUAAUUUCUGGUUCAUCCUAUCCUACUUCCAACUUGUACUUUAUGGAAGUGUGGAAUAUUGCACGUUUGUUGGAGAAGAAUUCUAGAAGUCAUGAUGAAGUGGUAAAGUCUAUGUCUCUUAAGAUGCUAUCAAAGUUUGAGAAAUAUUGGGAAGAGUAUAGUGACAUUCUUUCCAUGGGGGCCGUGUUUGAUCCAAGAAUGAAGCUGAAACUUGUGGAGUAUUGUUACUCAACACUUGAUCCUCUUUCAAGUGAGGACAAAGUCUAUAGGUUGAAGAUGAAAUUGUAUAUUCUAUACGAUGAGUACAAGAAAAAAAGUGAUGAUGCAUCUUUGUCUAAAGUUUCUCAACCUAAUGGAAGUUGUAAUUCUGAAGUUGGAGAAUCUGAAUUCAUGGAAGGAGUAAGAAGACAAGAAGUAGGAAAAUUGAAAAUGAAUCCUAAUGUGUUUGUUGCAUAUCGGAGUUACAGAGGUGCAACUUCGGAAGCAAAGUCAGCAUUGGAUGUAUAUUUGGAAGACAUGACGAUGGAUGAAAAUGCUAAACUUGAUUUGCUUAAGUAUUGGAAAGAUCAUUCAUCCAAUUGCCCACAACUUGCUAGGAUGGCGUGUGAUGUGCUUAGUAUUCCUAUAACAACGAUCAUGGAAGCAGAAGUGGCUACAGCAGGCAUCAAAGUUCUUGUCGAAAAGCUGAUCGAUGUUUUGAAGGAAGAGUACUCUCAGAUUAAUGGUCUCAGUGGAGAUAUCCGAAAACUGCAGAAGACUUUGGAGAUGAUUGAAGCCUACUUGAGUGGCGCUGAAAAUAAGUCUAUCACCCAACAUGCUGUCAAGAUGAUGCGAACCAUGGCACGCAUCGUGUCGUGCGUGAUCCAUUAG